AGAAAGAGCAAUUAUGGAAUUGGAGAUGGAAGGGCUUAAGCCAGCUGCAGUUUAUGUCACCUCUCCUACAUAUCAUGGUAUAUGCAGCAACUUGAGUGAGAUUUCCAGGAUGUGUCAUUCUCAAGGAAUUCCUUUAAUUGUUGAUGAGGCUCAUGGAGCUCAUCUAGGAUUUCAUUCUCAAUUUCCUUGUUCAGCGCUUCAGCAAGGUGCUGAUUUGGUUGUGCAAUCGACUCAUAAAGUUCUUUGCUCGCUUCAACAAUCAUCAAUGUUGCACAUGUCUGGGAAUCUAGUAGAUAGGGGAAGAAUUUGUAGAUGCCUUCAAACAAUUCAAAGCACUAGCCCUAGCUAUCUUCUUUUGGCAUCUUUAGAUGCUGCUAGAUCUCAUCUUAGUGAAAACCCGGAAGGUAUUUUAGAAAAAGCACUGAAAAUAGCUGUUGAAGCCAAGGAUAUGAUUGAGAAACUUCCAGGUGUUUCAGUGCUUGGCUUCCAAAGUUUUCCUAAAUUCCCUGCAAUUGAUCCCUUGCGACUUACCAUUGGUUUUGAACAACUUGGUCUGUCUGGUCAUGAUGCAUAUGAAAUCUUAUAUAAAGACCAUGAGAUUGUUGGCGAACUUGUUGGAACUCGAUGUAUCACCUUUGCAUUUAACCUUGGAAGUUCUAGAGAGCAUGUUCAGAGGCUAGUUUCAGGAUUAAAGCAUAUAGUUUCAUCUCCAGCAUUCAUUCAAGGUGAUAAAAGGAGGAAGAAACAUGUUGAUUCUGCACCCUUUGCUGAUAUUAGAACUAGCUUGAUUCCGAGGGAUGCCUUUUUCAAAAGCAAGAGGAAAAUGAGCAUUGAAAACUGCAUUGGGGAAGUUUGUGGUGAGCUUAUAUGUCCAUACCCACCGGGAAUUCCAGCAAUGAUCCCUGGCGAAACUAUUACAGAGAGAGCUUUGAAUUAUCUUCUAGAUGUUAGAAGCAAGGGUGCUAUCAUUGUUGGAGCUUCUGAUCCCCAAUUGUCUUCUAUAGUUGUGUGCAAUAGCUAGCUCUUGGCAGAGAAACAAA